ACCGAAGCCGUUGCGAGAUAAUACCACCCUCCACCCCCCCCUCCUCCUCCUCCGCAGACUACUCUUUCUGCUCUCUCCUCAUACCUUCCUCCAUCGACACGGAGAGGUUACCCACAUCUUCCCUACAGGCAGGCCCUCGAGCGGAUUUGUCACGACCGAGACGGUUGCAUCGGAACGUUAUACACAUAUACCAGCGCUCGGAGAGAACAGCAGUGCCAUAUUACCAUCACGAUGGCGACCAGACUCCGGUUUCUCAAGAAGCUCGAAACCGACAAUGAGCCCGGCUUGACGGAUGCUCAAUUGAUGUUGACAAACUACGAUCUGAAGCCUGUUGAACCGGCGCGACGGCAGUGGGGUCCCUGGAACUUUGUCGGCUUCUGGAUUGCCGACUCGUUCAACAUCAACACAUGGAUGAUCUCGUCGAGCAUGAUCAUAGCCGGCUUGUCGUGGUGGCAAUCGUGGCUGUGUGUCUGGAUCGGUUACUCGAUUGCGGCAUGCUUCAUCUGCUUGACCGGCCGCAUCGGCGCAACUUACCACAUCGGCUUUCCCGUCGUCGCACGCUCUUCUUUCGGAAUCUGGGGUUCACUGUGGCCCGUUUUCAACCGGGCGGCGAUGGCGUGCGUGUGGUACGGAGUGCAGUCUUGGAUCGGAGGCACUUGUGUGUAUCUGAUGGUUCGGAGCAUCUGGGCCAAAUUCGAAGACAUGCCCGACACCAUGCAGGGUUCGGGGACUAAUUCUAGAGACUUUUUGUCUUUCUUCCUGUUCUGGUUCUUCUCUUUGCCGGCCAUCUGGUUUCCGGUACACAAGAUCAGACAUCUCUUCACGGUGAAGGCUUACGUGGUGCCUGUUGCCGGAUUCGCUUUCUUUGGUUGGGUUGUGCACCGCGCCGGUGGUCUCGGUCCCAUCGUUCAUCAGCCCGCCACGAUCAGUGGCUCCAAGCUUGCCUGGGCUUUUGUUAGCGGCGUGAUGUCCUCGAUCGCCAACUUCGCGACUCUCAUCGUUAACGACCCCGAUUUCUCGCGUUUCGCUGGAAAGCCCCGUGACCAGCUGUGGUCCCAACUCAUCACCAUCCCUUGCGGGUUUGCCUUCACAUCGUUUAUCGGCAUUAUCGUUUCCUCUUCGUCCAUGGUCAUCUACAAGGAGCCUAUUUGGAACCCUCUGCAUCUUCUCGGCAGGUUCCUUGACGACGGCGGAGCUGGAAACCGCGCUGGUGUCUUCUUCAUCGCCACUGCCUUCUCCCUGGCCCAGCUGGGUACCAACAUCGCGGCAAACUCCGUCUCUGCAGGAACGGACAUGACUGCCUUGCUUCCCCGAUACCUGAACAUCCGCCGUGGUGGAUACGUCUGCGCCGCCGUCGGUCUCGCCAUGUGCCCGUGGAACCUUCUCUCCGACAACAACAAAUUCACCACCUACCUGUCCGCCUACUCGGUCUUCCUCUCGUCCAUCGCCGGAGUGAUGAUCAGCGACUACUACUUUGUCCGCAAGGGCUACCUCGAAGUCAAGAACCUCUACUCUGCCAAGCGGACUGGACCGUACUACUUCCGCUUCGGCAUCCACUGGCGGGCCUACGUCGCCUACAUCGCCGGUAUCCUCAUCAACGUUGUGGGCUUUGUCGGUGCAGUUGGAAAUGAGGUCCCCAUCGGCGCCACAUAUAUCUACAACCUCAAUUUCUUUGCCGGCUUCAUCGUUUCGUCAGGCACCUACUGGCUGCUGGCACGGUUCUUUCCGAUCCCCGCGUGCAGCGACAAGUGGAUGGAGGUGGGCGAGAGCAUCUCCGAGGUGCGGCUGGCGUACGAUGACUCCAGCGAGACGUAUGACGAUAUCGAGACUGGGAAGGCUGCAGUACCGGAACCGGAUGGGGAAAAGUGCCCGGCGAAGAAAUAUUGAUCUUUUGGUUGAUCUUUGGUUUAUAUCGGUGUAAUGUUUGGUUUUGUUUAGCGUGUUUGUGCGUUUGUUGCAUGCGUUUUGGAAGCGGCUUUUGUGUGCUCUUUUCUGGACUUUUUAAUGGUGAUGAUUCCACCUAAAACCUGAAUUUUCCACGUUGGUUAAGAAACCAUCUGGCUUGCAAUGGAGUUCAGAACUUGGCUGAGAGCCAGCUUUUAAAUAGGAUC